GCCACACCCCUUCAGGUAAGAAAUAGACUCGACUGUUUGAUCAAAUGCAUUUCCUUUUGAAAACAUAAAAAAAGGGAAAAUGGGAAAAGACAUUUUGACUCUUUGUGGUGCGGGCUUGGCCAUUCUUUCUUGUGUUUGUACCAUCAUCUCUUUUUCGACAUCAUAUUGGCUGGAAAGUUAUGGAGAGGCUAACAGUAGAUUUCGAAAUUUAGGGCUGUGGGAAGCUUGCUUCAACAAAUUUGCUUAUGACAGAGACAGCCUGGGGAAGACUUACGAUGGUUGUGCCUGGAUCUUUUCUUACGAAUACAGGCCAAUCUUUGAUUGGCUUAAUCCAAACUGGUUCCUGGCUGUACAGGUUAUGAUGACCUUGAACUUGAUCAUAUCCUUGGUGGUCUCGCUAUUGUGUUUACUUGGAAUCCUCAACUUUUGUCCUCCACAGAGAAGGUCUAUUGCCCAGCUGACUAAUUCUAUACUGAUAUUUUCAUGUGCUGCUCUGAUCACAUUGUCAAUCAUAAUCUUUGGAGUGAAGUCCGAUAUUGACCGACAAUGGUUAUCUCGCCCAGACCAGAAUUACCUGUCCUGGUCCUUCGGAUUAGCCGUGGUCGCCGGAUUCUUAGCCAUUUUCUCGGGCAUGUGUCUUCUUGUGGACAGUCUUCGUCUUGCCCAGAUUCGUCGUAAAGCCAAAGCUCCCCCACCGUACGCUGGAUACAAGAUGUCAACAGUACCACCACAGUACUAAGAUCUGUGUUAAGAUAUACAACACAUUUUCAGGACUUAUGUACAUACAUAUCUUUAUCACAAAAUUUUGUAUAUAUAACUUUACUAUUUCAUCAUUAUACUGACAUCACAUUGAUAUUGUUACUAAAUGUUAUAUUCCUGUGAUUGUAUUGUGGAAAAAUAGGUAAAUUGAGAGACAAUUGCCUAUUACCUACUAAGUAUAUUAUCUUCUUCAUAAAACCAUAAACUUAAGCCACAAAAUGUUCUAUAAAAAAUUUAUUCUAUUUGGCAGGGUCAAAUGUUCAUAGUUUGUUGUUAAUUCUUUCACAGUACACAUCAAAUAAUGACAAACAACAAGAAGAAUAAUCAAAUUCCAUAUCUAAAAAAAAACAGCAUUUUUGUUUUGUAAUACAGUGUUAGAUUUUAUUUUAAACUGCAGGGAAAGUUGAAAUUUUAUGUAUACAUACGAUAAAUUGUUUGUCAGUUUGUACACACUUUAAUCUGUUCAUCAUACCAUUACUAUCAGCAUUUAAUGAUUUAAACAGACUCUUUUUAAAUAUCAGUAGUGUAGAUGGUAUAUCAGUGAUGCUGUGGUAAUAUAUCAGUAGUAUUUAUAAGUGAUAUAUCAGUAAUACAGAUGAUACAUAAGUAAUGCAAGUGAUAUGUCAGUACUGCAGAUGAUAUAUCCAUAAUGGCAGGUGUUAUAUCAGUAGUGUAAGUGAUAUAUCAGUGAUGUAGGCAAUAUAUCAAUAAAUGCAGAUUAUAUAUCAGUAAUGACAGAUGAUGUAUCAGUAAUGUAGGUGAUAUAUCAGUUGUACAGACUGGAAACUUUACUUCUUGUUUUAAACAUAAAGGAGCUUAUCACUAUAGACUGCUUUAGAUCGAAUUGUUUUUUGUUUUCUUCCUUUAAUAUGUGCUGA